AAGCCCGCAGAGACGCAGGUGACAGCGGACGAGGCAGUGCGCAAGGCCUCAGGCGCGUGGAAGGACGCAGAGGCGAAGCACACCCAGGCAGUGGAGCAAUUGAUUCGAUGCAGGGCAGCUUUGGCUAAGGCUGAGGCACGCGAGACCGAGUGUGCUCGCAUCUUGGCCCAGGCGGAGUUCAACAAGCAGGUGGCCAUCAAAGCCCUCGCCAACGCCUCUGGCUUGCAGGUGCAGGGGCAUGGUGAGGGUAAGGCGGGUGACGACAAGGCUUCCAACGGGGAGUGCUUCCGCAUGGAGGUCGACGAGGCCUUCUUCGCGUCCACCAAGGAGCUGGAGUGCGAGGAGAGCGAGCAGAAGGAGUUUGCGGAGCUGGAGAAGCAGCUGCGCGAGGUGCAGCCCGCCAUGGCUACGAGGUCGUCUGAGGUGAAGGACUGGGUCGCGCGGACCAAGGCCAUGAAGGCGGCCAUCCAGGACAGGAUGCAGAAGAGGAGGACGAGCGACGGCGCUGUUGCAGGCGGCGCGGGCAGCGCUGGGCAGGCGGCGGCUGAGGGCACCGAGCCCACGGCGGCCGCGGGCGCGGCGCCGCCAGCAGCCCGCGGCAGCGACGGCUCAGGCAGCAGCGGCGGCUUCUCGGACGAGGCUCUGGCGGCCAGGGCUAAGCAGCUCAGCGACGCCAAGCUCGCGGGGGCCGACGCGGCGAUGCAGAUGGCGGCAGCGACUGCCGCUGCGGCCGC